CUUAUUAUUGUUAUUUGUGUGCUCCAGCGGUACUUUAAGUUCAGAAUCAGGAUGUAAACUAGCCCAUGUAUGUGUUUUUGACUUGACGAACGAGGACUGCGGUCCCGGACGCGUUGUGGCUCCGAACAUGACUAUGGGCGGGUGUUGUCCGGGAUGUGCCAUUGGUACGGACGUCGGAACUGAUGAAGAUAAUGUUCCAGUUGGAGAGUGCCGACCUCCAGCGAACUGUUUACCAGACGGUAGAUUUGCACCUGUGCAAUGCAAGGGAGAUCGCUUUACUGGCAGAUGUUUCUGUUCUGAUGAGAGAGGAAACAGAAUAUUUGGACAAAUGUGGAGAGAUGAGGCGGAUGAAAUGACUUGUGCAUGCAGCCGAAGAAGAUCACAACUGGAAGCCGAGGGCAGGGUAGAUGUAAGUCUGCACUGCACGCCAAAUGGAAGUUACGAACCAUUGCAAUGCGACGACGGGUUGUGUUGGUGUGCGGAACCCAAAACUGGUCAACCUACUAUUAUCCCGGUGCCAGAACAGGAUAUGAACUUACUACCAUGUUUCCGAGCAGCAGAAGUAGGCGAACAAUAUCUCAGGCAAUGUGAAAGUUUAACGAUUGCGUUUGGAAUGAUACACAUGGAACACAAAAGUCAUGGCACUAACUUCCUCGGCAACCCUGUGACAUUUUGUGACUAUGACGGCAGUUACGGACCUUUACAAAUUCAAAACGGCAUUGCAUAUUGCACCGGCCGCGACGGAAAGAUUCUUGGAGCUUGGCAAACCAUCACAAGCGAAAUGGAGGGCAUGAAUUGCAACUGUGCUCAAGACACCAUGAUCCAUUUCCCUGCGCGUGGAAUGUCCAUGACUCAUGUCUGCCAAGGCAACGGCAACUAUCGACCACACCAAAAUGUUGGUGACAUUUCCUACUGUGUGGACACCGACGGAUAUCCUAACAACUUGCUACCCCCCAACUGCGUCGAUCCUGCAUAAUGAUGCCGUAUUAAACAUUUUAAGUCAGUAUUAUAAUAGCAUUUUUUUUAGUUAAUUAAUUAUGCACUUUCGUAAAUUAGCCUAAAAUAUAAGAGAAGGGCAAUAUACACAUAUUAUUACAACGAAGUGUUAGAAAGUAUACGUACUGGACAAACGAGAGCUUGUUGAGAGCAAGCGUCGAGCAGCGUUUAUCACUCGACGCCGCCAGCGCGCCGCCCGCUAGCCGCGCGCGCUCGCCCAUCUGGAACAACCGACUUGGGUUACAGGUGACCGCCACAGUUCCUCGCGGCACUACCGCACACUGCCUGAGAGCAAGCUGCCUCUGACCAAGGCCGGUCAGACCUUGUUAUGUACUCUAUUAUUCGCGUUACUCACAUUACAAUUGUAGCGAAGGCACAAAGGUCUUAGCUUAGGUUCCUUUACUAAGGCAGUUAUUCUAUUUAACACUAAAUUAAUCAAAAAGUAUUUACUAGCACAUAUUAAUAUAAUACGCAAGGAGGUAGUUUAAAAAUCAUUGUAAAAA